AAUAAUUUUGCUCGAUUCAGAGAUUAAUAAGUUAAAAGGAUGUCCCAUGUACCAUCAACCUCUCAACGAAGAAACUUUAGCUAAUUCCGAUCUUGAGAUCCUGGAUAAUCCAUCUGACGUGGUCGAAGAGAAACGUCCCGCCCCAAACACUAUCAUUCCCACGGACCAACGUGAAAUACUUGCUGGCCUCUCCAACUACAUCGUGUCGAUCAAUGAUGUUGGAUGUUUGGAGAAGGUGUGGGUCCGGAGCUCCACACCCGAUCCAAUGAGCUUAUGUCUUAAGAAACUUCAGUGCAUACUUAACAUGGAGCAGCCCAUGUACAAAAAUUGCUUCAACACCGCCGUGCUUAUGCUGGCAUGUGACGAGGGAGUCUUGUUCACAGACCCUCCUAUACACUACAUGGAUCUACGAUUUUGUUCCAUGCUGCUAGAGUCAACACGAGGUCAGAAGUUUUCUGAGAAGGAAACUAUCCAGACGUUGGCAACAUUAUUUGAUAGCUGGCCUGGGAUGGAGACCGACAUCUCAUCUUGCAAUAAGGUAAAUAAAAUAUUUUGACCAUUGUUAUCAUGGUUUGUUUUUGUUUCUAAUAGCUCCACUUGUAGAUUUAUCUUCCCUAUGCAUCAAUCGGCCGAUACAUCCUGUACAUCAUCGACAGA